GUGAAAGGUUGGCCGGUCACGUGACCGGCUGUCCCAUCUCCCGGAACAAGCAUCUUUGCAGCGGCAGCCUGGUCAAGUUGACGGCUAAGUGUAAACAGACCCAGGACAUGCCAGAGUUUGUGUCAGGACCAGCUAAGGCGAGACAACCGCUAGAAAAUGGCGCUGUCGUUACCACCACCCGUGCUUCUGGCUCUAACCGUCCUCACAGCAGAAGUGACGCUUUCUGAAGGAAGCAAUAAAUGUGUUGCGAGGAACUUUGGCCAUGACUCGGUUGUGUGCGUGUGCAACGCGACCUACUGUGACAGCGUGGGGUCGGUCACCCUGCCUCCGCUGGGACGCUUCUCCUCCUUCCUGAGCAGCCUGGCAGGCAGCAGACUGGAGCCGGCCCUGGGUCAGGUCCAGGCCAACAGCAGCGGGGCAGGACUCCGGCUGACUAUUAUUCCCUACCAGAAGUACCAGAGGAUCCGAGGAUUUGGUGGGGCUAUGACAGAUGCAGCAGCCAUUAACAUUCUGUCCCUGUCUGCUGGUGCACAGAAUCAGCUGCUGCAGCAGUACUUCUCCAGUGAAGGUAUCGGCUACACUGUGGUACGAGUCCCUAUGGCGAGCUGUGACUUCUCCACGCGCCUGUACACGUACGCGGACACGCCCGGAGAUUACAACCUGGACAACUUCACUCUAGCCCCCGAGGACGUCAAAAUGAAGAUCCCUCUCCUGCAGCGAGCCCAGGCCUUGUCUCCUCGCCCUCUGUCGCUGCUGGCCAGCGCCUGGAGCGCCCCUGCCUGGAUGAAAACCAAUGGUGCACUCACGGGGAAGGGCUCCCUGAAGGGCCAGCCCGGCGGCAAGGUGCACAAGGCAUGGGCUCAGUACUAUGUCAGGUUCCUUGAGGAAUACGCUAAAUAUAACUUGACCUUCUGGGCUCUGACGACGGGGAAUGAGCCCUCUGCAGGAGAGAUGGCUAAUUACAGCUUCCAGGCUCUGGGCUUCACCCCCGAGGAGCAGAGAGACUGGGUGGCGCUGGACCUCGGCCCUGCCCUGCACGCGUCAUCGUACGCGCGUACACACAUCCUCAUACUAGAUGACAACCGCCUGCUGCUGCCGCACUGGGCCCGAGUGGUGCUGAGUGACAUUCACGCAGGACGGUACAUCCACGGCGUGGCGGUCCACUGGUACUUUGACAAACUGGUCCCGGCUGAGAUAAGCCUGGGAACCACCCAUCACAUCUACCCAGAAUACUACCUGUUUGGCACAGAGGCCUGUGCUGGGUGGAGUCCUACAGACAGAGGAGUCAAGCUGGGGAGCUGGGACAGGGCGGAGCAGUACGCACACGACAUCAUAGACGUGAGUUCAUCACACCUCAGGCACAAGCCUUCUGAUUGUUCAGUGAGAUCCGCCGUAGCAGAUGUGAGCCGUGAAGAAGCUGGCAGCUGUUCCACAAAGGACUUAAAUCAUUAUGUGGUGGGCUGGACUGACUGGAACCUGGUGCUGGACCAGACUGGUGGGCCAAACUGGGUCAAAAACUUUGUCGACAGCCCUGUUAUUGUGGAUGCCGAGCGUGACGUCUUCUACAAGCAGCCAACCUUCUACAGCAUGGCCCACUUCAGCAAAUUCCUGUUGGAGGGGUCUCAGAGAGUUGGGGUGUCCCCCAGCAGAGCAACAGGCCUCCAGUACUCUGCCUUCAUCAGACCGGAUGGCUCAGUAGUGCUCAUCAUACUGAACAGGUCACCAUCAGUGAUCCAGUUUGAAGUGUGGGAUCCAGCUGUGGGCUACAUCCCCUCCUCUGCUCCAGCUCGUUCAUUGCUCACACUCGCUUGGAACUCACAUUAUAAAGCCUGAACCACAUCAACAGUGCAAACUAAAAUCAUCUUUUAUGGGUGAAACAUUUACGGUAUUACAAGUUAUGUUGUGCUUAACUUAUUUUGAUUAAAAACACUUUUAAUGUCUAUUGAUGCACUUUGUUUUUAAACUCACCAAAUGAGCUUAACUGGUGCCUUGAUUUUUAGCUAAUCAAAUGAUGUGUCACCACAUCUGCACUACUGUAUGAAGCCUUUAUAAAUAUUGUACAGUCAACUUUAUUUUCUGUAAAUUUGAACAAAAUAUUUUGUUGUGUUCUGUAUUUGAUUUUGAUUUCAGCAUAUAAAAAGAACUGCAAUAAUA